AUGGUUAAUGUCAGAGAAUCAAUUUCAAAAACCCAUUGGGAAAUACUGUCCUACAUCAGCUACAUAGGCUGUGGUCUGUCAGCUUUCUUCACUGCUUUGUCACUCGUGAUAUAUCUGUUUAGUCGAAAUCAUAAAAUGGACUACUCCCUCUCUAUUCAUGUGUCUCUGAGCGGGGCCUUGUUUCUGCUCAAUACAACCUUCCUGCUAACUGAGUGGGGGACCAGAAUAAAGCCAGACUGGGUGUGUGAAUUUGUUGCGGCACUCAUGCAUUACUCUCUGCUCUGCUGCUUCACCUGGAUGGCUAUAGAGGCGCUUCACCUCUAUCUCCUGCUGAUAAAGGUGUUCAACACCUACUACAAAUGCUACAUGCUCAAGCUGUCUCUUGCUGGAUGGGGGAUUCCUGGAAUAAUUGUAGCAACAUUUUUGGCGYUGAAGGACUACAAACAGUUUUAUGGAGUUACUCGGCUGACUAUGUCAGAUACUAACCAAACCAGUGCAAUCUGCUGGAUCAUCGAUGACACCUUCUUCUACUCCAUGAAUCUUGUCUAUUUCACCCUUAUUUUCAUCUUUAACUCUGGAAUAUUGAUGGCAGUGGGCUCUAGCAUCUGUAAGAUGAGACAGAGUAACUUAAAACUGAGAGUUGAAAGAAAGUGUGCCCAGCAGAAGUUCAGCUCGUCCUGCAGGAGUGGCCUGACUCUGCUGGGUCUCACCUGCCUGAUGGGGACCACCUGGGGCCUGGUGUUCCUGGGAUCUGGACACGUCAACUACGUCAUCCUGUACCUUUUCUGCAUCCUCAACUCCUUACAAGGUUUCUUCAUCUUCCUGUGGAUCUGCCUCUCAGCAAACAAGCAGAGGAAGAGACAAAUGGAGGACAAACUGUCUUCAACUCAGCUGACAAUUUCAGGCAUCAAAACUGAUUAG